AUUCUUUCAUUUUGUCAGAUGAUUAAAUGUGUGGAGAUGAUGAUGCUUUUAUUCUGGAGGACAUCCGGCGGAAGUGUCGUGGUGUUGUUGCUGCUGAGUGAAAGCAUGACUCUUUCGCCUCGUGUUUAACAGGGGUUGCAUGUGAGCCUCUGAGCUUUUGGAUCAGCUGUGAUAAAUAUCCUCCAUCUGUGUCUAGUGAGGUGCACCCAGCAUGUCCUCCCAGGAAGAUGCUGCUGCUGCUGCUGCAGAGCCAGGCCCUGACACAGUGGCACCAGCUGAGAGUGAUGUCAUCACUAUCACCAUUGGAGCAACUGUGCCCACAGGGUUUGAGCACACUGCUGCAGAGGAGGUCAAGGAGAAAAUUGGGGCUGAUGCACGAAUCAGCAAAGAUCGUGGUCGUAUAUACUUUCCAAUAACCACCGACAAGCUUUUCCAGGUCCAUCUCCUGAGGUCUGUGGACAACCUGUUUGUUGUGGUUGAGGAAUAUGAUCAUUACCAAUUCAAAGAAUCAAAGGAGGAGACAUUGACGGAGAUGAUGCAGCUCGCCUCCACACUCCCCUGGACUAACGCUUUAGAGGUUUGGAAACUAAACGGCACCCUAAAAAAGAAGAAAGGCUACCGGAAAGGAGGAAAUAGCACCAAAGUAAAACCUAAAAGCGAGGCCACUGACGCAACUGUGGCUGACACCAAGCAGCUACCUGAGGCGACGUCCGCUGCUGAAAGCCAGACGGAGACGGAGAGCACUGCCGACACGGAGACCAGCACGCAGGACUCAGAGGAGCCGGAGAGCACUGCCGACACGGAGACCAGCCCGCAGGACUCAGAGGAGCCGGAGAGCACUGCCGACACGGAAACCAGCGCGCAGGACUCAGAGGAGGCAGCCCCAGAGGACGCAACACCCGAGGCCAAAGUCAUCAAGUUCCGUGUGACGUGCAACAGGGCUGGUGACAAACACAGCUUCUCCUCUAAUGAGGCAGCCAGAGACUUUGGCGGGGCCGUGCAAGAAUUCUUCCAGUGGAAAGCAGACAUGACAAAGUUUGACAUAGAGGUGUUACUAAACAUACACAGAGAAGAGGUGGUGGUCGGCAUCGCGCUCACAGAAGAGAGUCUUCACAGGAGAAACAUCAGUCACUUUGGACCCACUACGCUGCGGUCGACCUUGUGCUACGGCAUGCUCAGGCUGUGUAAACCUCAGGCAUCAGAUAUAAUACUUGAUCCAAUGUGUGGGACUGGAGCGAUACCGUUGGAGGGGGCCAUUGAAUUUAACAAUGCAUUCUACGUUGCCGGCGACAACAAUGACAUGGCAGUGAACCGCACGGUCAAUAACAUACGUCACUUCCAGAAACGGAAGGCAGCCAAGGGCAGUGCAUCUGGAUUGCCCAUUGACACAGUGCGUUGGGAUCUGUGCAAUUUACCCAUAAGGACCGGCUCUGUUGACAUCAUCAUCACUGACAUGCCCUUUGGGAAGAGAAUGGGCUCUAGGAAGAAGAACUGGGACCUGUACCCGUCCUGUCUGAGAGAAAUGGCCCGUGUGUGCACACCAGGCUCAGGAAAGGCCGUCUUGUUGACACAGGACAAGAAAUGCUUCUCCAAGGCGGUCUCGAGGAUGGGAGGACUGUGGAGGAAGCUGCACACUGUUUGGGUCAACGUCGGGGGUUUACAUGCUGGAGUCUACCUCCUCAAGCGGACCGGGGCCGUGUUUGGCCAAACUCCGGAGGAUGUCUAUGAAUCACGAGGAACGGUUAAUGCACAGGGAGACGAGAAGGCUGACAAGGAGCUCUCUUAAUUCACAUCCUGCGUUUAAAAUUCUGAAUUUAUAUUUGACGCCAUGUAGGAUCAACAUUAUUUAUAUUCUCUUUUUUUUUUCUUAAUUCUCUUGUCAAGCUUGCCAAGCAGUUUUAGUGCAUCAUUUUUUUGUAUUUCUCAUUUUGGUUUUAAUGUGAUUAAUGGCUAACUGGAAAAGAGAAAAGCUAUUUUCAUGUUCAGCAGCAGUUUAGUGAUUCUCACCCUCUCUGUUUGUCUGAGGAAGUUCAUUUUGUCAUAUUGCCAUUCAGAAAUCUGCUAAAAAGUCGUCUCACUGCACACCUCAGACCCGCUGAAUCCACUUUACAGGAAAUGCACAUUGCCAUAUUGUUCUGAUCAAUAAAGAGUCAAACAAAAAUGUCA